AGUGGAGUGGCGUCAUGGAGGUGUCGCCGACUUCGCAUCCACGGACAAAGCGACGGAAGCCGCAGUUCCACGGAGUUGGGUGGCUCACACUGAAGAUGGCUCUGAUUUUGAUAACUACAGCAGAGUGCCUGCCGCAGAGUAUUGCAUCAAAUCAAGACAACCUGUGCUACCUGACGCACGGUGGGUCAUCCGAGACGUUCACAGUCAACGAAGCCUUUCCAGUGGAGAGCAUCGUAGGCCGGCUACAGGUGGUCGGCAACGCGGGCGAGCCCGACGGUGACAUCGAGCUGCGCAUGGCAGACCCGGAGGGCUCGCCGCUCACCUUAUUGCCAGGAACCAAGAGCCUCGUGCUGCGGCGAAAGCUCGACAAGGAAGGCCGUGAUGGGCUGCGCUCCGUCACCACGGACGUCAUCUGCUCCCCCAGGCACACGCGCAAAAACGAUCACCUGAGCAUCACUGUUCCGGUUCGAAUAAUCGUGACGGAUGCUAACGACAAUGCUCCGGAAUUCCAGGGUACCCCUUACUUCCUGAAUGUAAGCGAGAGCACUGUUCCUGGUACCACGGUUAUGCAAGGCAUUCGAGCCGUGGACAAGGACCAGCCUGGUCCCUUCAGCACCGUCGAGUACUACGUCGAUGAGGGACCACACUCACACUUGCUGGCCUUCGAGAACAAGUGGGAAGGCACACUGCUGCUCGCUGACAAGCUGGACCACGAGUCACUGCCGAGGUUCACAAUCACUCUAAGGGCGCAGGACCAGGGUAACCCCCCGCAAAGCUCUCAUACAACACUAGUGGUGGUGGUGCAUGACGCUGAUGAUCAGAACCCCAGGUUCGGGGCGGAAAGUUACUUCGUGCAGCUGCGCAACAACACUCGUCUGGGCACACCGCUGAACGUGAAGCCAAGCAAAAUAGAAGCGGAAGAUCCUGACGAAGAGAUCAAGGCUCCCAUCAAGUACACGUUUAACUCAGAUGCCAACGAGUACUCGUACUUCGACCUGCAUCCGCAGACAGGUCACGUGUCCAUGGUGCGGCCGCUGCCCGAAGGAUUCGCGUUGCCCGUGACGUUGGUGGUGCGGGCCACGCAGCACGACAACCCGGAUCGCUUCGCGCUCACCACGCUCACGCUCACUGCCGACAAGUUCCCGCCUCAUGUACUACACUUCAUUCAGGACGAGUACGAGGCCCGUGUGCUAGAGAGCACACCUCCUGGACAGACGCUGUUGACGGUGCGCACGACACGCAGCGGUUCCGACAAAGGAGGCGUCCACUUCGAGCUCAUGGAUGAAGGCAAUGACGACGCAGCAGCAUUCGUCAUUCAUGACUCGGGAGAACUAGCUCUUGCCAAGCCUCUGGACUAUGAAAUGAAACAGUUCUACAAGCUAAAGCUUCGCGCUUCUGACGGCAAACACAGCGACAUAGCGCGGGUCAACAUCAGCGUCCUGGAUGUGAACGAUAACGACCCACAGUUCAGUCAGCCGCGGUACUCGUUCAUGCUCACCGAGCCGGACACCGUGCGCCAAGGUUCUCUUGUGGGUCAAGUCGAGGCAUCGGACGCGGACGCCGGUGACUCUGUGCAGCUAGCCAUCGAUGGGCCUUCGGCGCGCCUAUUCACUAUUAACAACCAGGGAGAGGUGCGUAUCCGGGACCUCGAGUACCUGAACUCAUCGCGGACGCACCUGGUGGUCGUGGCGACUGACAGCGGUGUCCCUCCCCGAAAGUCCACGGCGCUGGUCGAGGUGCAGUUUCCCGAAGCCCUCGUAAUGAGCAGCAGUGUCCUGGCUCCCAGAGAAGACGAGGGCAGCUUCGUCAUCAUGACCGUCUUCGGCGCUCUUCUGGGUUCCUUGCUACUCGUCAUCAUCACGCUCACUGUGUACAUACUCAAGAAUAAAAAGUACCGCAGCAGGCUGCCGCUAUCCUUCACCGGCAAUGGCCACACAGCGCUGAAUAAGGUGGCGACAAUAAAGGCUCCCCGCAGUGCGACCAGCAGGCUCAUCAAUCCGCCGAGGCCACUUGCGGGUGUCGAAAAUCCCAUCUUCAGUCUGUCGGACGCCAAGUCGGACGACAUGACCGAGGACAUGAGCGAGCGAGAGACGCUCCCCGACAGUCCGGACACUCCCAUCCGAAACGGCGGCAUAAACAACAAUAACGGACGGCUACCAAACGGUAGGGCGCUGCCCAGUGGCCGACUGGAGCCGCUGCACAACGGGACGAUGACUUCACCGGGUGGCCCAAUGCUAAGGGGCAAUGGCAAGCUGUUAAACAUCCAGUGGCCCGUAGGGUCCAUGCCCAUGAAAGUAAACAACCUGAACUGGGAGGACGACCAGCCUAACAAGACGGCACUGGAUCCAGACUUCAGUGUAACACCACUGACCGCUGCCAGCCACCUUCCUGACCACAACGAACUGACAGUGUACUUCUAGGUCAAGGUCCUCUUCGACGCAUCCUCUGUCUAGCUGGGGCGCUCGUCACGUCACCAGUGGUCUUGGAAUAUGUGGAGGACAAGCAUAUGUGCGCGAUGCAUGGUCGUGGUUGUGAUGGACUUGUGAAAUGCCACGCUCCCAGUGCCCUGGAUCACAGAUGCGACGGCAGCCUUGUCUUCCUUUCAAGCCUUACUGCAGAUUCCUGUAGUGCCACCGUCGUCUUCCUCAAAAGCAAGCACCAUACAGUGGAGUGGUGUUGUGCGGACAUUUCCUGUGUGCAGCCGCUGUGUUCGCGCUAUUUCAACUUUGAGGUGGAAUAGACAGGCCGCCCACGCUACGCUUCACAUAUUGUUAUUGAGAGUGUACAUAUGAAAAAUGUAACUUCUAUGCUGCCACUCACCAGCUAUACUUUCUUCAAGGACUAAGUAGGACCCUGCAAAGGCGCUUCAAGGACACUGACGACGGUAUCAGUGACUUGUUACAGCGCGAGAAAUUGAUGCUUGUGAAAACGAUGCCAUUUGUCCUUUUGAGAACCUUGCAUGGAAGCUAAGUUUUCGAAAUAUUACCGACUGUAUAGUACGUGCAACAAACAAUAUGUGAACGUUCCAAAGCAUUUUCUGCGUUCUGUAGUCAGGAAUAUUUUAUCUUUCCAUGCCACUGUGUCAUUGAAGAAAUUCAUUCAGUAGAGGUCUACGACAAUCACUUUGUAUGGGAGGUGCUUCAAUGACAGUGUAAGGCAAUCUUGACAAUGCCGUGUCAUAGAAUGAGAAGGGCACGUACGCCUUAAGCGAUAGAAUGCGUUCGACCAAACUAUUACAUUAUGAAUGUAGCAAAACAUUGAGCAUUUCGACUGCAAUCGACGAUAACGUUGUGUAAUUUACGUAUCUUCUCAAUCACCACCAAAUAUCGACGCUAUAGUCUGCCUUCUUUGUUUUGUUUUCAAUGUGGACGAGCACCUGCAUAACAUGAAAAUAAUGAAUUGAAGUGAGAUAGCGCAUGAUAAACUCGGAUAUCUCUAAGUGCCAACACCGAAGCUUUUGUAGGCGUUUAAUGCUCGCCACUCCACGCUUUCCUCUUGGUAGGCCGAGUCACUGUUAAGUGUGCUGUGGAUAUCCCGCGUCAAGAAACCUUCCCAUUGUCAGUCAAGCAAAGCCACUAGUGCACUGUAUAACUGACAGUAUAGCAUUAUGCGCGGAGAGCAUUUCUAGAUGUCGCAAAAAAAUUGUAUUUACCAAAGCAAUGGCUCAGUACUGAGGUUGUUUUUGUACAUAGAAACAUAUGAUAAAAUAAACAAGCUACGA